ACCAAAACAUAACGUCGAGGCUAGCGGCCUAAUUCAAAACGCGAGGGACAUUGCAUGUCCUCGAAUGCCGAAGAUUCUUACUGGAGCACCUCCGGACGUUACUAAAACCGUCUCAAACCGCUGAUUCGUUCAUCCUGAUGCACCUCGAUUGGCUAACAUCACGCAAGGCUGACUGGUAGGCAGCUAACUUCAACGUCUUGUCGCCGCAUAUCUAUCUCUUAGACAUCGCAUAGCCUCUUCGUCCUCCAUCGAUUCCAGCUCACAUAAGAAACUUCUGAAAUGCUUUGCGAACACUGUGAAGUCUUUAGCCGAAACUUUACGCCAUCCAGAAAGGUCAAACUAGUUUUACAUGAAAGCGCUACCACAUUACUGUGUGGAUCGAGAUCAGCGUGCCAUCUGUGUCGGAUCAUAACCACUCAUCUUGGAAAGAGCCUACAGAACGUUGGCGAGGAAGAUACAGCUGUGGUGGUCGAGUUUGCUGGUGAUGAUCUACAGUUCCUCGUUUGGUUGGAACCCAAGAAGAGUAAGGCUGAAGCAGCCAAAGAAAACGUCAAGAUAGAGAAGCUUCGUUUCGGAGUUCAAAGUCCUAUCCUCCCAUCAACUGUUGCAGAAGCCUUGAGUUCCAGUGUAGAAGCAGAAAACUCAAGCACAGGCUCUGACACUACCUUCAAGCUCGUUGAUGCUUGGAUCACCGAAUGUCUACAAAAUCACGACAGGUGUCAGAAAACACAAUCUGGAAAGAGUCCAUUACCAACUCGGGUCGUAGACGUCGGCCCUCCUGACGGCUCGCAGCAACCCUUCCUGUACGAGCCUAGUAAGCCACAGUAUGGCCGAUAUAUCGCAUUGAGCCAUUGUUGGGGAAAGCAUAAGCUCCUGAGGACCGGGACAGGGAAUCUAGCCCAGCAUAAAGUGAAAAUUCCGAUAUCUAGCAUGUCUAAGACUUUUGCAGACGCUGUUUCAGUCACUCGAAAACUACAUAUCCGAUAUAUUUGGAUAGACUCCAUAUGCAUUAUUCAGGAUGAUCCGGAAGAUUGGGGGAGAGAAGCUGCUCUCAUGCACGGUGUCUACCAAAACGCCAUAAUCACGAUUGCUGCGACUCACGCACAGGACGGCGCCGCCGGGCUGUUUGCUGCUCGAGAUGGGUUUGCCGUACGCCCCUGUGAGCUUCCUCUCGCUCAUGGCCUAGCCGAUGAAAGAGCUGGGGCGACCUUCGUUUGCCUUGACAAGAUGUCGCAUACUUGGGUCAUGAGUGUACUAGCGACUCCUCUUCACAGCCGUGCUUGGGUGUUACAGGAACAGCUUCUAUCAAACCGGUUGCUCUCCUACGAGAGCGAUAGUGUAUCUUGGAGGUGCCAGACCAUGCGGUUCUACGAGAAACUCCCACUGUGCGAACCUUUAGAGACCUUCAUCAAUAAAAGAAGGUCACAGCAAACCGCGUGGAAGGGUGACCCGAGGGACAUAGAUGCCCAGGUAGCAGCGCUUCAAAGAAGAUGGAUCACGUCUCCAACAACAGAUAAAGGCGACGAAAUGCCGCUCCUAUAUGCAGCAAACGAAAGCAAACCUGAGUGGGACGAGCUAGUCUUGGCUUGGUCUCGCAUCGUCGAGGACUUCACCGAAAGAGGCCUCACCUGCAGCAGCGACCGGCUAGUGGCCAUCCGCGGUGUAUCUGAUGCCGUCUCCCAGAACUCCAACCUCAAAUGCCUUGCGGGGAUCUGGUCCAUUUCUAUGUACAAAGGCCUUCUCUGGUGCACAUCGGGCGUUCAACGACGCACCGGAGUCGCCCCAACGUGGUCCUGGGCGUCCGUGGACGGAGAAAUUCAGUGGCCAGGGCUUUGGUCACACCACACGGACCGGCUCGCUACUAUCGUGGACGUGGAAGAAUCAGGCACAGCAGCUCGCUACUCGGGGGCCAUCACGCUAGAAGUGGAUAUGAAACCUGGGAUGGUGGGAUUGCGGGAUUCGGACAAGAGCCGCCGCGUCUUCCUUGCCCUAUGCCCGUCUCUCUGCGAGACUACCUCAAGCUGGCGCUUCGAUAGCGAAGAGGAGAAGAGCUUCGUAGCUGUAACUUCCGACCUUGAAGCGCUCGGAACCCCGGUAUCAAGGGAUAUUGAGCUUCCCAUGCCUGGAACGGUCGUGUGGUUUGCGGUAAUUGCGAUAGGCCAUCUACAUGGCCAGACUUAUGAUACACAGUUUAUUCAUACUCUUCUACUACAAGAAAAGGGAGAAAAUACUGGAGAGUUUCACCGCGUAGGGUUUGUGUCGUGGAAGAAUGAGAGCUGGGAUAAACCGGAGACGUUGUUUGACGAGUUUCAAACCGGUGGAAAAGUCCUACCAAGGUCCAAAAGAGCGACAAUCAAGAUCGUAUGAGACUCCAUAUAAUGGAAUGAGGUGAGUAGUUUGGUGGCAGAGUGGUGCCGAACAUUUUUCUUAGACUCCUAAAGCUUCCAGGCGGAGUUCCGAGUAGCACAUUCAGAUAUCAUUUAAUUGAUCGAAAUUUUGAAACGUUCAAUCAUUUACGAUUCGAUCGCUCUAUCGCUGUCAAUAACAGCAAUAAAUGUGUAUCGUGCUUGGCUACAGAGGUCAACUCCUAGCCGUGAUCCAACCAGAUUUUUAGACUUUUGUCUCCUAGCUUCCAAAGUCAGAGAUUCAUCGAUACAAUCCAUAGAAUAGCAAAUACCAUUUUCCCACCCAACUCCGCGGUCUAUGCAAAAAACAUUCUCCCCCCACGUUGUGUAGACGACUUGAAUCCAGUCAGCCGAUCUAAGGUAUCCCCCAAAUUCAAAAGACUCCAGAACUCCAACCAUGAGC